AUGCGCGUUGGGCAAGGCUUCAACACAUACACACAAGAAAUCCGCCUGGAGAAUGCGGUCAUCAUGGGAAGUCCACGGCCCAGAAAGAAAGCCAGUAGCGAACUCGUUCCUCUGCCUUCGACCGGCACUGUCCCUUUAUCACCACCGGUUACCCCCGAUGCGUCCGUCAUUGUCCCACCGCACAGCGAGGUUCCUGCUGUAGCAAUCAACGGCAUCCAGCAACCAGGAUCGCAUGAGAUUUCCAGAGCAGCGACGCCAUCUCCACCGCCUAGAUGGAGCCUGGGCAGUGCGCUGGACGUAGUCACGGCGUCUGUGGGAGAGCUACCGUUUGAGAUCCCAGCAGGUCCAAUACCCACAACGAGUCAGAGCGUCACGUAUUCGACGCGCGCAAUCGAGAAUGUUAGCGACAUCAUGGACGCGCUGAAUAUUUCGACUUCGAUGAGCAUCAAAUACGGUACCAUACACGGGAACGGUAACGCUUCCUUCGUAAACGAGAAUAAAGUCCUUGAUAGCGAGUUGAACUACGUCGUCAGCGUGAUGGUGAACAAUGAUGCACUAUCACCAAGGGACGAGAUGGAGUUUCAGGAUAUUCCUGGGUUACCGUUAGAUCGCUUUACUGAAGUAUACGGCGAUACUUUUGUUUCCGGUUUCACUGAAGGUGGCGAAUUCAACGCCGUAAUCUCCAUUAAGCUGAAUGACAAGAGCAAGUAUCGUUCGGUCAAGCAGGCUGUGGACGUUCAGCUCGCUGUGGGACCUCCAACGCUCGAGAUCGGCGCCAGCGAAGCCAUCGCAAAGGAACAUAGCGAAGCGCUAAAGAACACGGAGAUAUCCAUUUCUGUGAACUGGGUCGGCGGCGGCGAAAUCAAAAAGCCCACGGUGCCCUGGACUAUUCAGAGCGUCGUCGCAGUCGCAAACGCUUUCCCCUCGAUGGUUGCGCGCUCGAGUGCCCGCACCCAGGCUAUCCUCACCCGCUAUACAUCUCUGCGAUCUUUCCAGGCUUGGAAGUGGACUAGAUUGCUGGAAGAGAGAAGGAUCUGGGACAGCGAUCCAAGGAACCAGAAGGGUGGCGAGAACAAUAUAAGUGGGAAGGAGAAGUAUGAGGAGCCGAUCAUCAUACUCAACUAUGUGCCGUGUGCGAUCUAUACGUCGGAAUUGUUCGAUGCUCUGAUGAAUUACAAGAAACUGUGGAAGAGAAUCGGAGAGAUGCUUCAGAACCCAUCGCAGUAUAAGAUGAAGAAGGUACCAAAGACGCUUAGGAGAGUGAGGCCUAGAGCAGAUCUUAGAACGCCUCCUAAGAACCUCUCGCCCCUUCUGACCAGGGAUGCAUCGAAACAGAGCCUCCUCGUCAGUCCCAUUGGAGGUGAUGAUUCGCCGUGCCAAAACACGAGCCAGGAUGCCCUCGGUAUGGAACGCGCUUUUACCUUUGCCGUUGAUGAAGGCCAUAUAGGCUGGAAUCUUUUAGAGAACAAUGCGCGUCAGGAUCCGAUUCCGCCCGAGCCUCUUGCGUUGAACGAAGCUCGACUGCUUUGCCGAGAAGCGAUGACCCUGAUCACGGAGGAAGCGUCUCGACUGGUGGACCAUCCACAUCUAGCUUAUGCCCAGUACGAUCCCAAGACGAAUUCAACACGAAUGAAGCGCCCCAACUACGCUUACCCCGAAGUCCUGAAAGAGCGCUUACCGAUUCCUAUCCACAACAGUAUCGUUUCAGACUUGUCGAAUGACGGCGCCUACCUCAAGACGGCGGCUUACGUCCGAGAAGACAACAUGUGGUUUGAGCCUGACAUGGUCGGUGAUCCGAAAGUUAGUCCCGAUGACUUUCGUCAGAAAUAUGGGAUGGGUGGAAAGUAUGAGGACUUCUCGUCCUUGGAGCUUACUGAGCCGCAUGGGUCAAGAGGUGCGAACCCACUCCGGAGGAUUGCGCUCCAUCGCUACAGUCUCUCAUCGCUCAAAAGCUGGAUGUCUACCGCAGCGCUCAGGCAAGCUGACAACGCCAUCGGAGCGAUUGGCCUUGCUCGGAUACACGACAACCCCAACGAGGCGGAACAUGACGGGUGUAACCACCACCUCGGUCACCUCCACUCCUCAGACGAUGCCUCAGACUUCAAGGCCCUCGACAUCGGCGGUGUCGACAUUACAAAGAUUGAGGUUGCGUACGUCCCAGGUUCAGGAUACAUUGCGGGCAUGACGUUCUUGGACGAGCUAAAUGGGCAGCAAACAGAGAGGUUGAGGUGGAAGCAGUGGCAGGGUAAAGAACCUCAGGGCCUGGUCCACGUCAUCAACGAGCCGCCAAAUCGUGGCGAUGGCACCGUAUGGGAGUUUGUCGGCCUCGCGGGAUCGUGGAUUGAUACGCUGGGAAAGGGACAUGUCUUGGCUCGGGUGUCUGGCAUCUGGAAGAAGGCCGGCGAAGAGUAA